UUCCAGCCGUUCGAGCGGACAGGAUGCGCGGCGGCCGUAACAAAUUCGGUCCGAUGUACAAACGCGACCGAGCGCGGAAGCUGCAGAUAAUGCGACAACGGCAGCUGGCCGCACAGACUCUGCGCGGGCAGCUGGGCAGUGGGGCGGUCGCAGCUGCCGCCGCGGCGGCUGCAGCAGCGGCAGCUGCAGCUGGCGGGGGCGAUGUGUACGGCGGCGGCGGAGGCGGCAGCAACGGCAACGCUGCUACAACCGGAUUCACCAACAUACACAUCAAACAGGAGAUACAGAUACCGCAAGUGUCGUCGCUCACGAGCAGUCCGGACAGUAGUCCGAGUCCUAUUGCUGUCGCAUUGGGGCAGGCUGGGCUGAUGAGCGGCACUAGCGCUGGUACAGGCAACGCCCACCAGGGGGCGCAUCAUCAGCCGGCGCUACAGAUCGUGGGGGUGCAAGCGGGCGCAGGCGCCGGUGUGGCCCCUAGUGGAGCAGGGGGGCCGUCGCCGAUGUUAUUGGGGGCCGCUGGAACGGCCGGAGCGGAUACCAAGUUAUGGGCGGCCAACUCUACUACAACGUCGCCGCAUUCGCUCAGUCCUAAGGUGUUCCAGUUCGAGUCGAGUGUACCAGGUGGCCCUGCGGCGUCAAACGUUGGUUCGAAGGUAUCCCCCCUGAUCAGGGACUUCAUCCAGGGCAUCGACGAUCGGGAGUGGCAGAACUCCCUCUACGGCCUCCUACAGAACCAGACGUAUAAUCAGUGCGAGGUGGACUUGUUCGAACUUAUGUGUAAAGUGUUAGACCAGAACCUCUUCUCGCAAGUUGACUGGGCGAGAAACUCGAUAUUCUUUAAGGAUCUCAAGGUGGACGACCAAAUGAAGUUGCUGCAGAACUCCUGGUCGGACAUGUUGGUGUUGGAUCAUCUGCACCAGCGGAUGCACAACAGCCUGCCGGACGAGACGACGUUGCACAAUGGCCAGAAGUUUGACUUGCUCAGUUUGGGCCUUCUCGGUGUCCCAGCACUGGCAGAGCAUUUCAACGACAUCACCGCCAAGCUGCAAGAGCUUAAGUUCGACGUCAGCGAUUACAUCUGCAUUAAGUUUAUGUUGCUUCUUAAUCCAGAUGUUCGAGGCAUCACAAAUAGAAAACAUGUACAAGAAGGCUUUGAGCAGGUCCAACAGGCAUUACUAGAAUAUACGGUGACAUGUUACCCACAAGUCCAGGAUAAAUUCCACAAGAUGCAGCAACUGCUGCCGGAGAUCCACGAGAUCGCCGUUCGGGGGGAGGAGCACCUGUACCACAAGCACUGCAGCGGCGGUGCGCCCACGCAGACACUGCUCAUGGAGAUGCUGCACGCGAAGCGGAAAUAACCUAAGCAGCUGCAGCUUCAGAGCAAACCCCUUCAGAACGACGUCCCCUCCGUUCAUCGUUGUUACCAUGUCCGAUACUACGAGUGUGCAAUACCGCCACUGCAGGCCCACAUUUUACUGUGUACAUAGAAGGAAGAUGAUUAUAGAUAUUGGCGCACCACUACCAAUGCUGUUUGGGAAUAAAAUCUCGUCAUUUCUAGUUUUAAACAUUUUUCUCUUCUCUUUCCUGUCGUUGUUAAUGGUGGGCGGAGGAACCGGUAUGAUGGAUGGUUCCGAGACCUACGUGUAGGUCUAUAAUGAUAAAGAUGUGCGCGAGUUCCAAGAACCGCGGAUCCCAACCAAAGAUGACUGUUAAUCCGGCGCCCUUAUCACGCAGAAACGUUAACUCAGUUAGGCGGCACAAUUGCUGUCAAAUUCUUACAAUGUAUCAGCAAUAACUGCAACUAGAUUACUGAUCAAAACAAGUGGAAUCACAUUUUUGAAGUUAGCCUCAGAUUCGUUGCGACCAGAGUUCUACCCUUUUAUCGAAAAACCAAGUAACUCUAGUUGCUUGGUUUAGGUUUUUCCAUUGUUUGCUUUUUCUAAGGCACAACGUUGGUAUUCGAAAACUGUAAAUCUGAUCAUUUUUUUCGGAGAUAUUAUCUUAGUAUUGUGAAGCUACUAAGAAUUGUUUUCAACAGGGUUGCCUCAAGUUUUUUUCAUUAUCGUUUAAAAUCACAAAACCUAGCAUGUUAAGUUACCUGAAAUUUCGCUUAAGAAUUUACUCACUUGUGUUUUUGUAUAGUAUUAUAUUUACAUACCCGGACAGUAGCGUACUUUUUGCGAGUACUUAUCACAGAGAAACAAAACAUAGAAAUUUUUUCGGGCGAAAGAGAAGGAAAAUAUAUAAUUUUGGGGUGCAACAGGUGCCAGGUACAAAAUUCAGAAUUUUACUGUAAUCGUUGCUGUUCAAAUGAGUUUCAAUUUUUUCACGAUAAGGGUGCAGAUAAAACGUGAAGAGGAAAUAGAAUUUCCUAGCUGAAGGCUAUUUUCAAUAGCCCUGUAACCUCCAUGUUCCAAUUAGAAGUAUGAAGGAGGAAGAUGGUGUCCCUUUUUUAGAUUUCUUUUCAACUUCCUGUUUGCAGCAGUAUUUUAAAUCCUUUUAAUCUGAUAAUUUCAUGGUGUGUAUAGAGAUGAGUAAAAAACAAUGUUUACAUUUUUUUGUCAUAAAAUGCAUUUUUUGUGCAUUUUAUUGUGCAAUCUUUCUUCAAUCGGAACUUGUUAACAAAUAUAAGCACAGUUCUGAAAUUAUGUGUGAAUAUUCCUCUUUUAUGGAAGAAUGAAACGAGUGAUAACUUUUGUUCUUAUCACUUUUCCUUUUCGAAAAAUCGUUGAUUUUUCAAGAAAAGCAAAGAUUUUACGAAAAGAAAAAGUGAUAAGAACAAAAAUGCACAAAAAAUGCAUUUUUUGACAAAAAAAAAGGCGACAACAUUGUUUUUUAGUCAUCUCUAUACACACCAUGAAAUUAUCAGAUUAAAAGGAUUUAGAAUACUGCAGCAAACAGGAAGUUGAAAAAAAAAAUUAAAAAAGGGACGUGCCACCUUAAUGAAAAUGGCAUUAUGAUAAGGACCUCUGGCAUCACUAGAAAUAUAGAGUUUUUGCGUUGGACCUGGAAUUUUGGCUUAAGAUGAAGCAACUAGAAUUUUUAACCAAAGAGAAUCACUUCUAAGUGACAACUGUUCAUUUUCGGGGAUUUAACUUCAAUUCAGGAUAGGCAGGACGAGUUUUUAGAGUAGUUAGAUAACUCUGUUAUUAAGCGGUGUCUUUGGAAAGUCAGGGCCUUUAUGCACCUCUACAUUCCUUAGACCUCAAGCCUCGAAAUUCUAGCGAAGUUGAGUAUGGGAGUGAUGGACCAACAACCUUAGGUUGGCUCUAUCCAAAGAUAAGCAGAAACGUCCAUCCUUAGCGCUGGGCCCUACAAUGAGUUCCCGAGCCUGAUGGAGAUGCCUGGAGAUGCUUCUCCAUUUCUAAGAGUGUUCUUGCAAUCCACAUCUCCAUUUUCAUCAUAACUCUUUGCACAGGCACUCCUAAAGCUGGCUCAGGACCAACGAGCUUGUUGGGUGAUCCUGUCUUCGUCAGAGCGUCCUCCGUCUCAUUGCCCUUUAUCCCAGCGUGCCCCGGUACCCACACUAACGAUACCGGAUGCCUCACUGCUAGACAAUCCAAAGCCUCCCUGCAUUGCAAUACAAGGCUUGAAGUAAUCUUACAGGCACUUUGUGCCUUCAUUGCAGCCUGGCUGUCGGAGAAG